AUAACCACCAGUUCAAAUCUUCAACCUCCCCUAUAAAUAUCCUCGCAAGAGCUUGUGCUGAAUGCAAGUGCAUGUGCAUAAGCAUUUUCAUGCAGCAACCAUUAUAGUAUUUGCUUUCAAACACACACUAACACUAGCUAUAGUCCACUAUAAACUAUCCAACAUGGAGGGACUUGAUCUUCCUGGAUUUCGAUUCCAUCCGACAGAAGAGGAGCUCCUGGAUUUCUACCUCAAAAACAUGGUUUUUGGCAAGAAACUGUGUUUGGACAUUAUCGGAUACCUAAACAUCUAUCAUCAUGAUCCUUGGGACUUGCCUGGAAUGGCUAAGAAUGGAGAGAGGGAAUGGUACUUCUUCGUGCCGAGAGACAGAAGGCAUGGCAAUGGAGGGAGGCCUAAUAGGACUACAAAAAAUGGAUUCUGGAAAGCUACUGGUUCUGACAGGAAAAUUUUAAGCUUGUCGGACCCCAAGAGGAUUAUUGGACUUAGAAAAACUCUUGUUUUCUAUCAGGGAAGAGCACCAAGAGGCAGCAAGACUGAUUGGGUAAUGAAUGAAUAUCGCCUGCCUGAUUCUCGCCCCUUACCUAAGGACAUAGUCUUAUGUAAGAUAUAUAGGAAGGCAACUUCCCUGAAAGUGUUGGAACAAAGGGCAGCAACGGAAGAAGAAAUGAAACUAAUCAAUGCAUCUUCAUCAUCAUCCCCACUUUCUUCAUUGGACAACAUGUCCUUUUCAAGCCAACAAGAAGAAUCAGUGGCUCCAGUAUGUCUGCAUCAUGUGGUUUUCAAGACAGAAGUAGAAGAAGACAUCUGUGUUGGUAAAAAUAACACUAGAGAUGAAAAGCUAAAGGAGAUUAAAGGGUCUUCAAUUCAAUUGCCAGUGGGAAAUGAUAAGCUACCAGAGCUGGAAGUUCCAAAAUUGAGCAUGGACUGGAAUCAAGACAAUAACUUUUGGUUGAAUAGUCCUUGGCUUCAAAGUUUAGCCCAAAAUCUUGCCCCUUAUGCCAACAUUUUGAAUUUCUAGAGCUAAUUAAAUAUAUGUUAUGAAAAUAAUUAUGCAAAAAUUUUUCUCAUUUUGUAGAUAGCUUUCUUCUCAGACUAGCUAGAGGAAGCAUGGUGAGAACUGAUAAUUAAUGUCUGGACGUACUUACUUUAUCUUGCUAAUGAACAAGUUUUUUUAUUCAA